AGCCUUAAAUGUCAUCUUCCUCCCAAUACCACUUUUCCUUCUUGUCUCCUCAAAGAAAACCAGCCCUCCCAUCUUCGAAAUCUCCCUCCUUUCUCCUCCUCUCUCGGAUUCUUCCUAGAUUGGGUUCUCCGAGAACCCAGGGCUUUCUUUCUUCUUUCUUUUUUUUUCUUUUUUCUCUCGAUCUGGGUUCUCGGAGAACCCAGAGAACCCGAUCUGGGUUUCUCCAGGAGAACCCGAUCUAGGAAGUUUGCGUUCGGAUUUGUUGCGGGAGGAGGAGGAAAGCGGCGGUGCAGGAAUCGAGAGAAGAGGAUGAGCAACUGCGACGAUGCAAGGAAGGGUGCGAAUGUGAUGGAAGGGAAGAGAGGGAGGAGGUCGGAUUGCUAUAGAGGUACUUGAAAGAUCAACUGAUGUUGGUUGGAUCUGUGUACGAUUGUGGGGAGGAGGAGGAGGAGGAGGAGGAGGAAGAUCAUGGUGAUCGGGAUCUGCUGGAAAACCCGAUCUGGGUUCUGCUAGAGAAAAAAUGAGAAAAAAAAAAAGAGGAAGAAGGUGGAAGGGUAAAUUUGUAAUUAUAUUUUAAAAUUUUUUUGGUUUUGUAAGGUGUGUUGAGUCGGGUGUUGAUUCAUGGUGUACCUAUCAGUGUCCAAAAAAGAAAGUUUGAAUGGUAGA